AUGUCUCAGUUCGCAGGAGCCAAGUGGUUCAGUAAACUCGAUGCUUCUUCGGGGUUUUGGCAGAUGAAGCUUGACGAUGCUAGUUCAAGACUCUGUACAUUCAACACGCCAGAAGGAAGAUACAGAUUCCUCCGUCUUCCAUAUGGUAUCCUAUCUGCUCCAGAGGUCUAUCACAAGACUAUUCACACAAUAUUCGAGCACAUUCCAGGAGUCACAACCAUGAUGGAUGACGUGAUCGUGUGGGGAUCCACAAAAGAGGAACAUGACACAAGGCUACGACAAGUGCUUGAGCGUACACGAAGUGUCAAUCUGAAGCUAAACAGAGACAAAUGUGAAUUUGCAGUCAAGUCACUGACGUUCAUCGGAGAUGUUGUGUCAGAGAAAGGGGUGAGUCCUGAUCCGAGGAAGACUUCAGCCAUAGCAAAUAUGGAAAGGCCCCAGAACAAGGACGAGGUGAGGCGGUUCUUAGGAAUGGUCACGUACCUAGCCAAGUUUAUACCCCAGCUGUCUGCCAUUUCGGCUCCACUCAGGAUGCUGCUGGAGCAGAAAAAUGAGUGGAUGUGGCUAAAGCAGCAAGAGGAGUGCUUUCAGAACCUGAAAAAGAUUCUCAUCUCAGAGCCAGUGCUUAGGUUCUACGAUCCCAAACGAGAGACAAGAAUCUCAGCAGAUGCUUCGCAGUAUGGCUUAGGAGCCGUCCUUCUACAGUUGCAUGAGGAAACAUGGCAACCAGUGGCCUAUGCGUCGAGAGCCCUCACCAGCGCUGAGGUCAAUUAUGCGCAAAUCGAGAAAGAGUUGCUGGCCACGACGUAUGCAUGUGAACGUUUCCACCAAUAUGUAUAUGGGCAGACUGUAGAAGCGGAGACAGACCAUAAACCAUUGGUCGCAAUCAUGUCCAAGCCAUUGACUGACUGUCCUCUGAGAAUACAGCGUAUGUUAAUACGACUGCAGAAAUACGACGUGAAUUUGACAUAUACACCAGGAAAAUACAUGUAUGCAGCGGAUACACUGUCACGGGCUGUUGACAAACAUGAGAAAGCAGACAAAGAAAAAUGUGCAGACAUACAAGCAUAUGUUGACAUGAUCAUGACGUCACUUCCUGUGUCAAGUGAAAAAACAGAACAACUCAAACAAGAAACAGAAAAGGAUGAAACAUUGACAGAACUCAGGAGGAUAAUCAAACAAGGAUGGCCUGAGCGCAAAAGCGACUGUCCACGGCGAGUUCAAGAUUACUGGACCUACAAAACAGAGCUGACGGAGGUCGACAACAUUGUGUUCAAGGGCAACCGGUUUGUGAUUCCGUCUUCAAUGCAAAAAGAAAUGCUCAGGAAGAUACAUGAAGGGCACCUGGGGGAAGAAAAGUGUAAACGCAGAGCUCGUGAAGUCAUGUAUUGGCCGGGAAUGAAUCGAGAGAUUGGCCUGCUCACAGCCAAAUGCGAAGUGUGCCUGCCUUACCGAUCCAAACAGCAGGCAGAACCACUUAUGACUUACCCUGUGCCAGAAAGACCAUUCUACAGAGUAGGAGCGGAUCUGUUCGACUGCCAUGGAAAGAGCCAUAUCGUCGUGACAGAUUACUUCUCAAACUACCCUGAGGUCGCGACCUUGCAAACAACAUCCAGCAAGGCAGUCAUUGCAUUCCUUAAGACUGUAUUUGCAAGACAUGGAGUCCCCUGCGACCUGGUCUCGGAUAAUGGUCCGCAAUUUUCAAGCAAAGAAUUUGCUGACUUCGCAAAGGAAUGGGGUUUUAAGCACAUUACAUCUAGCCCACAUUAUCCCAGGUCCAAUGGCCUUGCAGAGAGCUCAGUCAAAAUUGUCAAAGGUCUCAUGAAGAAAGCGCACGAUGGAAAUGAAGACUUUCAUCGCAGCCUGAUGAUCUACAGGAGUGCGCCACUGCAGAACGGACUGUCCCCAGCCCAAAUGCUAAUGGGACGACGCUUGAGAACCAAUCUGCCAAUCCAUGAGAAUCUCUUGACACCAAAAGGAGCACACAAAAUCAAAAUUGACAAAGAAAAAGACAAAGUGAAACAAAAACAGCAUCACGACAAAAGAGCAAAGAAGCUGAGAGUCUUGAGGCCCGGAGAACAGGUCACAAUCAGAGAUCAUGUGACAGGCAUCUGGAAUCUGCAUGGUUCAGUGCAAAAAGAGGUGGCACCACGCUCUUAUGAAGUUCAGACAGAGCAUGGAGGGUCUCUGAGAAGGAAUCGUGUCGAUCUCAAACCACAAGUGUCAAGCCAGACAGGGGUGGAACAGCCCGACACAAUGCCACAAGCCGGAGACAACACCCUGGAGCAUACCGUGGAACCGGAAGUGCCAGCAACUGUCCAUAGCUCUCCUGCCAAGACUCCGUGCAGACCAAAGCGCACGGUUCAGCCUCCCAAGAGACUCAUUGAAAGUUGCUGA